AUGGCUGGGGCGCUGGUGCUCAAAGAGGCUGACUAUGUCCACAGCAAGGACUUCCGGGGCUAUCUCAUGAGCACAAACUUCUGGGGUCCAGUUGCCAGCUGGGGUCUCCCCAUUGCUGCCAUCAAUGACAUGAAGACGUCUCCAGAGAUUAUUAGUGGGCCGAUGACCUUCGCUUAG